AUGAAGGCGUCGCUCAACUUACGGGGAGCACAUUUGAGAAGGACGCGAAAUAAAAGGAACGCCUUGGAGGAAUUAAAAGAAAGAAAACAGUUUUUCAGUUAUAUCCGUAUAUUGCCCAAUAAUAACUAAGAAUAAAAACCAGAUGGAUGAUGAAGGUGCAGGAAAACUGCAACUGACAUCGAUGAUUGAAGACACAGUAAUGAACACCGAAGAGGAAGAAGUAGAGACAGUUUCAGAAGAUAAAGAAACAGAAGAAGAUUCUCAGGUGGAUUCCUCCAAUCAAAAUGAUGUCAAAAAGUUUGUGCCUGGCAUAGUUUAUCUUGGUCAUAUCCCUCCACGCUUCCGGCCUCGGCAUGUGCGAAACCUCCUCUGCGUUCAUGGUGAAAUAGGACGUAUUUUCUUGCAGCCUGAAGAGCGAUUUAUCCGAAAGAAAAAGAAGGCGGCUGGUAGUAAUGCCAAAAAUUUCACAGAAGGUUGGGUAGAAUUCCGAGAUAAGCGUGUGGCAAAGUUGGUAGCUGCUAGUUUACACAAUACUCCUAUCGGUGUUCGUAAGAAAAGCAAAUUCCAUUAUGACCUGUGGAAUAUAAAGUAUUUGAACCGCUUCAAAUGGACUCAUUUGAGUGAGCAGCUUGCAUAUGAAAGGCAAGUGCGGCAGCAACGCAUGCGGGCUGAAGUUUCCCAAGCCAAACGAGAGACUAAUUUCUACCUGCAGAAUGUGGAGAAGAGCAAGCACUUUUUGAAGAAGGACAGUCAGAGAGAACACGCGGAGAAGAGCUGGGGCUUCGUUCAGCGCUGUACUGAGGAUGAAAUUCAGACAAGCAAAGGAAAGAAACGCCUCAAGCAACAGCUAGCCCGCUCUGCUGAGAUUCAGCAGAAAUCUCAGUCAAACAAAUCUCUGUUGACCAAAAUCUUCAAUAUCCAGCAAUAAGGACCUCACUCAUGUUCCUGGUCUAGGUCUUGGCAGCUAACUAUUGUGAGAAGAGCAAACUAAAUCUGCCAUCAAUCCUACUAGAAGAAAAUGCUCAGGUUGCUUCAAUAAGUACUUGUCCUGCUGUUUUGGUGAUACAGAAGUUGCAGACUUGCCUUCUGAGCAGAACAUUUCUUUAGAAAGCCAUGUAGAGUUUUUCUUCUCAUACUCUGUGUAGAGUAUGGACUAAGUUUUUCUUGAGGGGAUUAGGCAGGAGGCAACUUUCUCUUUUGGUUGUUCCUUUACUGAUUGAGAAGUCAAGGGAAUAAAGGAAAAGGCUGGACUCUUUUGUGAAGGUUGCAUAUGGUGAAGACCAAGAUAUUUUAAUCUCGCCUCCGUUUGUAGAACUGAUAUAUUGUUAAAUAAGAAAAUGUCAAGAAUCUCUGCUAUGUGGAAAUAAAGACUAUGAUGUUACAAGACUA